CAAAAAUAGCAAGUCAACUGAACUACCUAUCAAAGCUGACUAGAUCAGUGCUAUUACGACUUUAACGCAACACACUCUUAAAUCCCAUAUUCGUCAUGUCUAGUCCCAGUUUCUUCACUUACUCGGGCUUUGGCCAAAAACUCAGUGAUGAUGCGCACUAUUCGCAGUCAGUUCGCCUCGGUGACGAGAUCAAGACAUCCGGACAGGGCGGUUGGGACACCCAGACGGGCAAGAUCAGUGAAAAGUACGAGGAGGAGCUUGACCAGGCCUUUACAAACCUGGACGUGGCCCUCAAGGACGCCGGCGGCAAGGGUCUCGAGCAGGUCUACAAGGUCAACAUGUACCUGACAAUUGAAAUGACAGAGGAGGUGUUUGGGCAGACCGCAGCCGUCAUAAAGAACCGUUUCCCCAACCACAGGCCCCUCUUGACGGUUGUUGGGGUCACGAACUUGGCGUUCCCCGAGAUGCAUGUCGAGAUUGAGGUCUCGGCCUACGAUCCUAAAUAAGAAGAUGAAGCUGGAUUAUCACUUGCGGAGUGUUUGGGGUAUUUAGAGGAUAUAUUUAAGUCAUCAUAAAUCUUGCCCUGCCCGUUUCCGGUACAGGAAUGGGUAUUUGUGCGCGUC